UCUCUCUCUCUCGCUCUCUCUCCACAACGAAAUACCUCACUUUCUUAAUUUAAUUAAACCCUCAAAAUGUCUCUCCCCACAGAAACCUCACCAAAACACUGCGCGAACAAAGGCUUCCACCUAAAAUCCCUCCGCCUCAACAAAAAACUCCUCUACACCCUCAUCCCCACCCUCCUCCUCGUCCUCCUCCUCCUCUACUUCAUCCGCCACCCUUCGAAACCCCAGUUCUACCUCCAGUCCACCACCAUCUCCAACCUCUCCCUCUCCUCCCCCCUCCUCCUCCUCCUCAACUCCACCGUCCAAGCCACCCUCCUCUCCAAAAACCCCAACAAGAACUUCGGCGUCUACUACGACGACGUCCGAGCUUACGCUAUCUACAAAGGCCAGCAAAUAACCGGAGACUGUUUUUUGCCUUCGUUCUAUCAGGAGCACGAAGAGCUGAACGUCUUGUCGGCGUCGAUGUUUGGAACUGGCAUGCCGGUUGCUGCGUCGGUCGGGUUCGAGCUUGGCCGGGAUCAGGUUGCAGGUAGGUUUGUUCUGUCGGUGCGGGUGGAUGGGUUGCUGAGGUGGCGGGUGGGCGGGUGGACGUCGGGGAAGUAUCGGUUCGAUGUUGAUUGUUUGGCGGUUGUUGGGCUCAGGCAAGGGGUGAUGGGGUCGGUGCAGGGGUCGUCGGCGUGCUCGACUAAUGUUUAAUUGAGUUUGGAUUUAGUUCUUUUUUUUUUUUUUCUGGUAAGUAUGAAUCGAUCGUUUAUUAUUAAUGUUAUUUAUUAAUUAAUGGAUCGCAAUUAUGUUUAAGUCUUGUCAGUUUGGAGAAUUGAGGAUGUAAAUUAGUUUUGAGUGAUUGAGGAAUAUUUAUGGUGGUGAGGAUUUAUUAUGAUGGAUUGUUAAUUAGAGAUUAGUGAUAAUUAGCUUUAGUGUUAGCUUGGCUAGGAUUUUGUCAUGUACAUGCGUAGUGUUAACUUGUGUGCUAAUAUGUUGGUGGGAUUUGGUGCGUGUCUCUUGUAAACUUUUAUAUUAUUCUAAUAAUUAAUGUUA